GCAGUCUACUUAAUUUCUUUUAGACAUAAAAACAAAAAUGAAUUAAGAGUCUUGAAUUCCACACUAAUCAUCCGUUCUGAAGGCAGUGUACUUCUUGUCUGAGUUUAAAAUAGUCUCAGUUUCCAUUCAGGCGUUUAGGACGACCUCACCUGGCGGGGUCCUUCUGGGUCCUUCUCUGCCCUGUGCCGACGUCCUGACAUAAUCCACUCCACAAAUAAACCGUUUAAUUACUCCUAACCUAUCAACAAACCAACAAGCCUUUUCCGAAGGUAUGAUGGGCGGUAGGUCGAGCACGAUAGCCGCUGGGGUUUGCGGGGCUCUGUUUGUGGGAUACUGUAUUUAUUUCGACAGGAAAAGACGUAGUGACCCCAACUUCAAGAACAGACUGCGAGAACGGAGGCGAAAGCAGAAGGUUGCCAAAGAAAGGGCAGGCCUCUCAAAGCUUCCUGACCUGAAAGAUGCAGAGGCGGUACAGAAAUUCUUCUUGGAGGAGAUCCAGCUUGGAGAGGAGCUGCUGGCUCAAGGAGACUAUGAGAACGGUGUGGACCACCUGACCAAUGCCAUUGCAGUGUGUGGUCAGCCACAACAGCUGCUGCAAGUGCUGCAGCAGACCUUGCCCGCGCCCGUCUUCCAAAUGCUGCUCACUAAACUGCCCACUAUCAGCCAGCGGAUCGUGAAUGCACAGAGUCUGAGUGAGGACGAUAUAGAAUGAGAGUGAAGAAGAUGGAGCCUCCUUCCACACGACUCCUCCAAAUUCUCUCCAUGUGAACCUCCCUCUAUCCUGGCCUGUCAUUGAAAUCAUGCUCUAUCUCCGAGGCCAAACUCACCACUCCACCAAGGUGUCCCAAGGGAAUUUUCUUUUUUUACUCUCGUCUAUCACACUAGUCUUUUUUUAAAACGAUGUCACCCAUAUUUGGGUAUUGAAAUAUACGUACAUCCAAAACAAACAACAAAAAAAGAAAUAAGAGCCCGUCCAGGUCCCGCUGUCAUAAGUUAUUAGUUGUUUUGUGAAGGAGCAAAGCAUUGCUAACUGGAUGAUUUUUUUUUGACUCCCCCACCCUGUUUUCAGGGCAGUAUAGCAAACCUGUGUUUAAGCAGAGUAAAGUCCGUCAGUCAAUUCCUGCAACUGUCACCUCACGGGUUUACAAUCAUUAAACCAAGCUGUCUUUGUGGUGGGCUAUAGACAGUAAGUGAACAAAUCGUCUGAAAUGCUUCAAAAUAUUUAUUAUUAUUUUUUUGUUGCCAAUCUUCUUGCAGGUCUUGACUGAGAAACAUGUUUUAAGGUGAUGGGAUGUUUCAUUUCUGUUCAUUUUAACUAAGGGGCUUGCCCUCUUUCAAAAAAAAAAAAAUUAAAAAAGGCAAAACAAAUGCCGAGUUGUGUGUUCGUUUCUUUUAUACGUGUUUCAAAUAAGUGUUGUUAUGACUUGGAGGUGGAGGUUCAAUAAGUUCAGUUUAUUGAAAGACAAGUGUACACACUAAGAAUUUAUCUUGGUUGGACACAACAAAAAUUAA